CGUUAGCGGUACCUUCGUUUGUACUACCAUUUCGAUGUCAACUUCAAUCGGAUAUUCUUUUGUUCAGAGUCAUGGAUCAUACGCCUCAGAGUGCGGUUACUGUAACUCUAGUGAAAAUACUUCACAUAAGUUCGGUUUAAGCGCCAUUAGGUUGACUUGUCAAGAUUACCAAGAUCUUAUUGAUCGUGGCUGGCGACGUUCUGGUACUUUUGUCUAUAAGCCAAAUUUACAUGACGCUUCAAAUUUUAAUAAACACGUUCUCAAUAGGUUGGAUGCAAUAAAAUUCCGUGCCUCAAAAUCACAACGGCAAUUGAUCAACAAAUUUAAUCGUUUUCUAGAAGGAACGUAUGUUCCUUCCAACGAAAACGACACCGAUUCAAACAAAGAUAAAUCGAAAUCUAGAAAGCGGACCGAAAAUACUUUUGAUCUAGUUGAAGCAAUCCACGAAGCUGAGGGUCGAGUAGAUUUGAAACAUAAAUUUAAAAUUACGACUGAAUUAUCUUCUUUCACUCAAGAAAAAUAUCAACUCUAUUGCAAAUAUCAAACCAUCAUUCAUAAUGAUACUGAACUGUCUGAAGAAAGUUUUCGAAGGUUCCUUGUGAAUUCUCCACUAAAACAUGAACCGCAAGUAAUUCCGAAUGCAUCAGGAUACGGAUCUUUUCAUCAAUGUUAUUACUUGGAUGACGAACUUAUUGCUGUUGCCCUUGGGAAAUACAGUGCUUUAAGAGAAAUAACAAUGACUCUUGAAUUGCAUACUGCUGGAUUAAAAGACUUACAUUGGUAUUACAUGGGAUAUUACAUUCACAAUUGUCAAAAAAUGAGUUACAAGGGACAAUACAAACCGUCCGACCUUUUAGAUCCUGAGACUUACGAAUGGUACUCAUUCGAACACUGCGCUCACCUUUUGAAUCAAUAUAAAUAUGUAUCCUUUGCAAAUCCCCCAUCUAACGCCCAAUCUGCAAACCAUGAAACCUCUAGGCAAUGUGCAGAAAACAUUGACCUGCCAUUACCAGGCAUGCUUGAUCCAAAUAAGGUUAUUGAUGAUGAGAUCAAAGACAUGUUGGUGUAUUUUGGUGGAGCUGUGAAGCAUUUUAAUAGUGUGCCAUAUUUUAACCACUUUAGUAAAAAAUAUUUAUUGAAGGAAUAUUAUGCUGCUAUUGGAUCAGAAUUGGCUAAAAAAAUG